AUGUUUCAACAUGUUAACAAGCCAGGCAGACUAGUCCAGAGCUUGACCUGCAAGGAGAUAAGGGUUUCUCAGUCAGCUGCCAAGUAUACUCCUGAUAUCUUGAACACACUUUCACCACAGGACGUUAGCGACUGCUUCGAUCUGCUGGGGAAAGAUAAAUUGACUGAGGAACAAGCUCAUACACUGUGGCAAAUGAUCCUGCGUGUUUAUGGUUCAGCAGAUCAGAUUCCAGAAGAGAAACUACGAUCAUUGGGGUGGAUUACCAAGGGCAUUCCUCCAAACAACUUUUUUAACAUGUCUUUCACCGAUAUAGAUACUGUUGCAGCAUUUGGACGAUAUUUCGAGUUGAAUUUAGAUCAGCUGGCAGCUUUGCGAGAUGCUGUAAUGUUCCAGUGGACUAGCAAAGAGAUGUCUGAUUUAUCUAGUUUUGAUCUUGCAAACCUUGGACACAUCCUGUGUGCUUUUAAUGUUUCCGACAUCUCAAGAAUUCAUGCUGAUGCAUACAGGGAUGCUGCUAAUGAGCUUUCCCUUCUAAAAAACUGUAGUACUGAGAUCAUCAGAGGUUUAGCCAAUUUGGCUAUGAGCCCUUAUGCAUUUGGCGAUCCAAGAAAGUGGACAGCACUACAGGUAUCAUCUAUUGGCUGUGUGAUUGCAGGAGUUGCACAAGUAUCAUCAAUACCCAGUGAAGCAUUUAAGGGGAUUUCACCUGACAUUGUAAACUGUUUGCCUUCAUCUUUUUUUCAGAGCAUGAGCACUGCCCAGCUCAAGCUGUUGCCAGCCACCAGUGGAGUAGCUGUCAAUGAGGAUGUUCUAACCAGCAAGCAGGGGGCUGCUAUAGAGGAGGCCAUCUCUGGACCUACCUCUCGCAAUACAGCUACUACUUCUACCAUUCACUCUGCCACACUCAGACCGAUCCUAACACUAAUGGCCGGGUCCACUCUGAACAAACUUUUGGCAAACAAGUUACUAGCCACAGACACUUGGUUUUGUAUAUUUUGUGUUUAG